AUGGCUGGGCGGGUGCUUUCUACGGCAUUGCUGUUGCCUUGCGUGCUUGCUGCCAGCGCUUCUCUUCCGGUGCAUCUGCACUUGAAGCGAGCCGUUGACUCCGGACUGGCCAACAUCCAUGUCUCCUUCGACAAGCCUAUUUCUUCCGAGGUGACCUACACCUAUGGACCAUGUGACGCUCAGACGCCAGGACAAGCCCAUCAUCUGGUGGCUCGUUCCAAGUCGUGCGACCAUGAUCGCUUGCUGUGGAAGGUGCCCGAGUAUGCUCCCACAGGGCACUGCCUGUCGGCAUGGGACGGUCAAACCUUGGUCGGCAGAAGCACUCCAGUCUCCAUCUCCGCAAGCGCAAAAACCACUCGGAGACGGCUGAAGAAGCGUCAAGAAGACUUUAGCAUUGCCAUGGACAACUCCAGUGGCAUCGAUGCCGAAGGUCCCUGGUUUGACGGGGUGGCUCUCCUGCAGAACUCGGAGAUCAGUGCUGUCAAUGUCCGGGAAGCAAAAUCGAAGGAGGUUGCUAUCGUGGGCGCCGGUAUGUCCGGCCUGAUGACCUGGCUGGCGCUGAACCAGUCUGGCAUGACCAACUUGUCUCUGAUCGAAGCCGCUCAGCGUCUCGGCGGCCGAGUCCAUACCGCAUAUUUUGGUGAACCAAGCGACCGACAGUAUCAGGAGAUGGGCCCCAUGCGAUUCCCCUUGUCGUACACCUCAUCCGAGACCAACGAGACGGUGCAAAUCCAGGACCACCGCAUCGUCUUCCAACUAGCCGAUGAAGUCAACAAACUCAACAAGAACAAUACCAACUUCACAGUCAACUUCAUCAAGUGGUACCAGCGCUCGCCCAACGGCCUGUACUACGUAAAUGGAGCACGCAAACCUGACGGCCAAGUGCCUACCUUGUCGGAAGUUAGUGCGAACGCGUCCCUACUGCGACCGCAGUCCAGCGGGGAGGAUGAUCCAGUGCUAGAGGAGGUGAAUACUGACAUCAAUGCGGUUUUCAACAAUGCCACCUUUCUCGAGCAGAUGGCCCGGAACAUCUACCGGGCACAUAAAACCUUCCUCGAUCAGGGUUUGAAUGGCCUCGGGGGAGACGACUUUUCCGAAUUUGCUUACGUUCAUAAUGUGCUCGGGUACGCUCUGAACGACACCUUUGUCGGCAUUGGAGACAGUGGCACCGAGGGUUUCUGGGACAAUCUGUACGAGUCGAUGUACUUCUCAGCAACGGACUGGCGGACCAUCGACGGCGGAUUGACCCGAUUGCCCAGCGCUUUCCACCCACUGGUGGACGGCAUCACUCACAUGGACCGCAAGAUUCAACGCGUGCAGUACAACGAGACCACGAAGCGGGUCACGCUGCAGUGGAAGACCAAGCCUCUCGACCGGACCUUCCAGAACGCGAGUUACGAUCUCGCCGUAGUCACUGUGCCGAUGCCUCUGGUUCGGACGUGGCGCCUACCCACAUUCUCAGACCUGCUCAGCACAGCCAUCGACAGCUACACGUACACGCAGGUCUGCAAGGUCGCCUUGCAGUUCAAGACUCGCUUCUGGGAGCACCUGGACAACCCAAUCUACGGGUCCUGCUCGACGACAACCGACAUUCCCGGCAUCGGCAGCAUCUGCUAUCCCAGCUAUGACAUCAACUCGACAGGCCCGGGCGUCAUGCUGGCCAGCUACACCAGUGGGGACGAUGGCCUUCGGUGGCCCUCGAUCCCCGAGGAGGUCCACGUGCAGUACGUGGUGGACGCGAUGGCCGAGAUCCACGGCCAAGUCGUGUAUGAUCAAUAUACCGGCAACUACAACCGCCGCUGCUGGGUCCUCGACCAGUACGAAACCAUCUCGUGGGCGACGCCAGACGUGGGCAUGCGCAAAGCAUUCAUCCCCGCGUUCUUCAAGACAGAAAAGGGCAUCGUCAUGGGCGGCGAGGGCACUUCGUACACGAGCUCCUGGAUCUCCAGUGCAUUGGAGAGUGGUGUCCGCGCCGCGACGCAGGUCUUGCUUGAGCUGGGCCUCGUGGACGAGGCCAAGGCGGUGGUGGAGAAGUGGAUGGGCCGGUGGAUUGACGUGUGA